AUGGACUCGGAUGGCCGCACCAAGGCCUACAAGUUUGUCGCCUACACGGCUGUCAGCUUCUCCCUCGUCGCUGUCCUCUCCGUUGUUUGCACUUUGCCCAUGGUGUACAACUACGUGUCCCAUGUCCGUCGUCAGAUGCAGCACGAGCUCUCUUUCUGCAAGGGAUCAGCCCGUGACAUCUUUGAUGAAGUCAACCAUAUGAAGCAUGCUGCUCAAGUCCAUCGCAAUCGUACCACCCGUCAGGCUGGUGGAUAUGGAGCUCCCCUUGUGAACCCUGAGCCUGCGUUUACUUGUGAGGGUUGCUGCCUUCCUGGACCCGCUGGAGCUCAAGGAGCUCCUGGACGUCCUGGAAAGCCUGGACGCCCUGGAGCCCCGGGAUCCCCAGGAGCCCCUGGAAAACCACCACUUGCUCCAUGUGAUCCAACCACUCCACCACCAUGCAAGCCAUGCCCACAAGGACCUGCUGGACCACCUGGAGCUCCUGGAGCUCCUGGAGAUCCGGGAGAGGCUGGAACCCCUGGACGCCCUGGAUCCGAUGCUUCACCUGGACUUCCUGGACCCCGUGGACCACCCGGAUCAGCUGGAGAGGCUGGAGCUCCUGGACCAGCUGGAGAACCAGGAAUCCCCGCCCAAAGCGAGCCACUCACCCCUGGACAGCCCGGAGAGCCUGGAGAUCAAGGACCAACUGGACCACCUGGACCACCUGGAGGCCCUGGAAUGGAUGGACCGCCUGGACCUGCUGGACCAAAAGGAGCUCCUGGACCCGACGGACCCCCUGGAUCCGAUGGAGGAGCAUCUUCUUCGAAGACGGAACUCGUCGUUAAGAAGAUCUUCUCACAUAAACUUCUCACUCUCUACAGGUCGAUCAUCAACUCAAUGCCGUAUGAGUCAAAGAUCGAUCAACGCAAAUUCUACGUGAAGAACAUUCCCGAAAACUGGGAUGAGUGGAAUCUAUUUGCGGCUUUCUUUCAAUUCGGUCUUGUCGACGAUGUGAAUUUGGGAUCAGCGAUUCAUGGAGGAUUUAAAUAUGGAUUUGUUGGGAUGAUUGAGUUCGAGGGAGCGGAUAAAGUUCGAAAGGCGCUUGUCAAUGGUCGACUGAAUGUGAAUGGAGCUUGUCUUAUCAUGAAGUCACAGUACAAGAAAAACGAAGAGCAAGAGAACGAAAAUGGAAAGAAAACGAAAACCACCAAAGCAAGAAGCGAUUCUUCAAAGCCAAGUGUUUCAUCUCAUCGAAUUUCCUUUAAAAUCCCUUAUGGAGAUCUUCCAGUUGGAAAUAAGGAAAUUCAAAUCACAAUUGCUCAAACACCCGACGAUUUUGUGGAAAUCGCUGAUCGUCUCAUUUUCUUUACUCGAAUGAUGCAUCAAGAUGAGAGAUAUGAAGCUAUGCAAAAGAAGUUAAAUGUUUAUGUAAUGUCUUGUCCUUCGGAUGGAGCUUUGGCUGAAGAAGGAGACUCGGUGAUCGUUCUUUAUCAAGAAAACGCCGUUCGUGGCCGAGUGAUUGCAAAGGGAGAUGAGGCACGAGUAUAUUUAGUGGAUCUUGGAUUUGAGGUUUCAAGGAAAAACCUCUGGCUGAUCAAGGACAACGCAGCUCACGCGGCUCUCGGUUUCCAUCUACCACAACAAGUAAUCGAAUGUGAGCUGAUCGGUGUCAAGUUCAGCUCAAAAAAUGACUUGGAAACGGCUCGAUUGAUGCUUAAAAAGUUCAUGACAUCGAAUUCAAAGCUAGAGCUUCGGGCGAUUCAUCGAGAGUUCCGCGGAUCGACAAAUCUCAUUCAAAUGAUCGUCGAAUACAAUGAUAACAUUCACGAGAUCCAGGAUUUCGCAGGAGUGCUUGCUGAAAGAGGCUUGUGUGUCUAUGAACAACCACAAGAAGUCUUUCGCUACACAAAAGAGGAGCUCAUAGCAUUGCGAGAGGCUAUGGGCCCAAUUGAAAAUGAGCCACUCGAAGAGAUUUUCCAAGGCGCCAUGGUGAAGCUGAUAGUUAAA